GAGUGUGCCUGCCUGUGCAUGCUCGGUCAUGGUGUUUAAUAUGAAAUAUUGAGUAUGGUGUUUUUCUCCUAAAAGUUAACACCGAGUUUCUUGGUGUUCAUAACAUCGAAAACAACAGAUGGGAGAAAUACGCAGAGCUAAACUGUCAUCAUCUGCUCUGCGUUGACGGGCAAACGGAAGAGAAAGGGUUAAGAGUCACAUGGUAGCGGGUGGUAUUAUCAGCCCUGGGCUGUAAAAAAAAAAAAAAAAAAAAAACGAGUGUAUGUGGAGGAAAAAAACGUAGAAGAACAAAGAAAUCAGAGUCUAUUUAAAGAGAAGUCGCCCCGGAUCCUGCAGCCGUGUGACUCCCGGCAUUGCGCACCGCACACAGCUGCGCCAAAACCAGCCUCCCUGUGCACCACAACGGCUCCAGACGGCGGUGAGGAUGCGGACUUUUCUGGUCAUGUGCUGUUGCGUCUUCGCGCUGCAGUGUCUCCCGAGCACGCUUUGUCUUCCAGUGCGGGGAUCCAGCAGGUACAAAGUUGCAGCGAUCUCUGAUAAGUUCCCAGACCUGAAGAAGAGGGGAAAGGUUCCUCACACUCAGGAUUUAGUAAAGGAGACGAGUUUGCCAACCAACACCUCUAACACAUGGAACAGACCUCGCUGUGGUGUACCGGACUACCCCAUCGAGAAGGAGGUCCAUUAUGGGGGGCAACACCGCCAGAGACGCUUCGUCUUGUAUGGAGGACGUUUGGAGAAGACAGACCUCACCUACAGGAUUGUCCGGUUUCCAUGGCAGAUGGGUGAAGAAAAGGUUCGGCGCGUCUUUCGGGAAGCGCUGAAAAUUUGGAGUGAUGUCACCCCGCUUACCUUCACUGAGAUCCGCAGUGGGAAGGCUGACAUCCGCAUCGACUUCACAAGGUACUGGCAUGGAGACAACCUUCCCUUUGACGGCCCGGGUGGGAUUCUUGCUCACGCUUUCUUCCCCAAAACACACAGACAAGGCGACAUUCAUUUUGACUAUGAUGAGUCAUGGACUCUUGGAAACCACAUGGGCACAGACCUUCUCCAGGUUGCUGCCCAUGAGUUCGGGCAUGUCCUGGGCCUGCAGCACUCCCGUGUGCCGGGAGCCAUCAUGUCCGCAUACUACUCCUUCUCCUACCCGCCAAGGCUGAGCGAGGAUGACAAGAAAGGCAUCCAGCACCUGUAUGGCACUCCCCCACAAGUCCUGCCCUCAUCGCCCCCCCCACCUCCACCUCCAUCAAACCCAGAGACCAAUGAGAUUGUCACCAAUCCCGACGCCUGCCAGACUGACUUUGAUGCUGUGUCUAUGAUCCGAGGUGAGCUGUUCUUCUUUAAGUCAGGCUAUGUUUGGCGGAUCAGGGACGGGCAUCUGGAGAGUGGUUACCCAGCGCUGGCGUCCCGUCACUGGAAGGGGAUUCCCGACAACAUUGACGCUGCCUUUGAAGACAAGUCAGGGAAUAUUUGGUUCUUUCAAGGUGAGAACUACUGGGUGUUUGAUGCUGAGAGGCAGAUCAGAGGGCCGGAGUUCAUCAGGAGUUUGGGUCUGUCAGUGUCCGGGAUCCAGGCAGCACUGCGCUGGGGCCAUGACUCCAACUACAAUACCUACUUCUUCAAGUCUGGAAGCUACUGGAGGUUCAGCCCCCGUGAGAAUCAAGUUGAGUCCAUCUACCCACGCAGCAUGCAGGACUGGAGCGGCAUCCCCGAUGAUGUGGAUGCUGCUUUCAGGGACAUCUACGGCUAUGCUCACUUUAUUCGUGGACGGCAGUACUGGAAAUUUGAUCCAGUUGGCAUGAACUCUUUGGAGGGUUACCCUCGCUACAUCGGCGUGGAUUUUUUUGGCUGUAGAAGCAUGUGAGUCUUUAACCUGUGAAGAACAGAUGUUUUUCUGGCAAUGAAGAGGGUUUUUUUUUUUUUUUUUAAGCAGAGACGUUUGUAUGUUCAAGGAGAUGAAACAGGCUCCUUUAAAUCUGGUAUGCUUCACUCCACUUCACUUCAUUGACACUCAGAUCAGUUACACCUUCUUCUCAGGGAAACCAAGGUAUGUUUCCUCAGACUUGGCACAUCCUGUGCAGCUAUACACAUACUGAUUUUGCACAUUUGUCACCUUAUGGCAGAGAUCUGGGUCCUGUAUUAAUGAUGUGUAAGUGCUAAUGUAAACUUCACCAUUCUUAACUCCCAUAUUUCAGACUGACAUUGAGAUUUUCGGUUUAUUGCGGACUGUCUUACGUCCUAUAAUGGAUGUUUUCUAUUUUAGUUGUUUUUAUUUUUUAUCACUGAUGGACUUGCUGAUCCUCAGGUGUUUAAAGAGUGACAUCAGGAGUUGCAAAAGAUUGAUUGCGAGCUGCCAUGGACACGAGCAAAAGUCUGCUUUUGUUUUAAUGCUGUAACUUUAAACCCAAAAAUGAUGGUAAACAUAAUUUUCAGUUACACCUUGCUAUUUUAAGGAUGUAUUCACGCAUGUAUUUGAUUUUUCUGCCAACCAAACUUAAACUGACCAUGACUCAGAGCAAUUCACAUUGUUUGUUGCUCUUUUAUUAUACAGCAUUUUGGAAACCUGUCAUAACACACAUAAAGAUUCGGACACAGUAACUUUGACCAAGCAUUAUGGACUUAUGUGCAUCUGUCUCUUCAUAAGGUGAAUGGCUCCUGCUCAGCCUUAAAAGCCUUUAGGGACUUAUAGUAAAAAUUAUAUUUAGUAAAUAUUAUAUUUAGAAUUAUAGUAAAAUAGUAAAAUAGGUAUUGAAUUUCCCUCAGGAUCAAUAAAGUAUCUAUCUAUCUAUCUAUCUAAAUAAAUAAAAUCAAAUUAAGGUGAUUACGUUCCACUAUGUUGUUAGAUAAACAGAGGAAGAAGAUUACUUAAGCAUUUGCCACCACUUUGCAUCUUUUCAUUUGCUGAGAGAUGUUUUAGUCACAAACUUAAUGUGCUUCAUGUCUUAUUCACUGACUCUAGAUAAACCAACUCUUCAAUAUUUUGCCUGACAGAAUAAAUUUAGGGCAAAUAAAUGCUGGUAUUCUUUCCAAGGAGGAGGCCAUUUAUCCAGUUCCUUCUAAACGUGAAGUCUCAGUCUAUGUAAAGGAGUUAGGGACUGGUGGUGAUGUUCUGUCAUUACUGAGGGUGCCAGUGUGUUUUAAAUGGCUCACCUGUUUCUAAGAUAAAGUUUAGAGUUAAGAUAGAGUAGAGUUUAUGUAUUUUGCAGUGUACAAGCAGGGAUGUGAUGCUUCCCCCUGCUGUUGUGAUUUAGACUAUACACAGCUGACAUAAGUCAAAUUAAAAUACAUUUUUUCUCAAGUAGCUUUUCGAUAUUAUGUUACCUACUUUUCUUCACAGGUAAAGUUAAACAAUAUCUGCGUUUCGGGAAAUUAUUCAUUCAUAUGGGAAGAAAAGUUGUUAACAUCACAGUAUGUCAUGCUUUGAUGUCACUCUUUUAAUAUGAGGGUCUGAAGCUCUUGUCAGUAAUCACUCAUCAGUCUGCAGGCCACUGAGGCAGUAAAAAGCUUUAGGGCGCCAUCUAGAGUGCAACACUGUUAUUGCAGGACAAGUGUAAUAUGUCUUCAGAGAAUGUCAUGAUAUUUUGUGAAGAAGUCAUUUCUUACUUGCAUAAUCUGGUGCUCUAUUCAGGCUCUAUUCAGUGUGACACAUUCAGGGACAGCAGCUGCUGCAUGGAUCAGCGGUUAUUAACAUGGUCAGUCAAUUACUCCCAAAAACAAACUGAAGCUUUAACUUUGACCCUGUUUUUACCUCUCAGGCCAUUUUUCUAAUUUACCAGCUGAAGCUUGAGUUUUGCGAGAAGUUAUCACAUAGAUCAAUGGCAGUGGUGGAAAAUACAUUUACUCAAAUAGAAUUUUGAGGUAUUUGGGUAUUUACAUUUUCUUGUAGUUUCUCAUCCACUAUAUUUCAGAGGUAAAUGUUUUUCUAUUACUCCACUACAUUUAUUAGAUUGCAUUGUAGUUAUGCAAAACUUUUAAGAUUCAAAAUUCACAUUAAAAACAUGAACACUAAUUACUAAAAUCUUAAAAAUCUACAUUAUUGUUGCGGUUAGUAUACCAAAAUCAACAUUCUUUACCAGAAGUGACAUAUUACAUGUAACAUCAACAUCAGCUGAUUUGAGACUUUGAAAAUAUUUUGAUACUUUGAAAUCGAAAUGGUUUCUCUCACAUGGAACAUAUUUUUAUUUUCUGAGAGUUUUCUGGAGCUGUUUGUCUGGUAUCCACAAAUUACUUUGAUGCUUUCCAAGGUUGAGCAGCUGCUCCAUUUUCUCUGUGCAGUGCAUUAUGGGAGAAUAGUUAGCAUCAACAGCAAACUUAAUUUGAAUUUGACCAUAUAAUUUAUUUUGUGUACUUUUCAGUGUGCACAGACUACAGAGAAGCAGUAUGAGUUCUAGAUUUGGGUUUGUGACAGCUUACAAAAAUCUAAGUUGUUUGAGGCUUGAAGAGGUCAAAUGAUCCAAUAGUUCACAAUCAAAAAAAUCCAUAGAACUAAUGCACUUUUUUUUUUUUUUUUUUUCCCCCAUUUAUCCAUUCCCAGACCCCCAGUUAUCUUGUGGUCAUUUGGAGGGACCUGUCCCCUAAACCUCCUAAAUGUGUAUAAAGUAGUUAGAACUAACUCCACCUCAAGCAGCUACAAUAGUAUAAUGCUGCUUACACAAUGAUACAUCAGUAUUAAUAAUCUAACAAAGUUAUAUAUGAUAACACAUAUGGAAACAUAAUUCGUGCACAUAGUUCUGUACUUUUACACAAUUAGAAUUUUGAAUUUUUACUUAAGCAAAGGAUUUGAAUGCUUCUUCCAUCACUGCUGGAUACUGAAAGGAUCUCAUGGGUGCAAUAAAACCUCAUGGAACAACCUCUUUUAGGGUCAUGCUCCUAGUCUGAGACGUGCUGAUUCAGCUAAUGUGACAUUACCUCUGCUUUGUCCCUGGUUGUAGCACUUGAAAUGUGAAGGUUCAGUGCAAACUGUGGCAUUCAUCAUGUUAGUUUUUCAGUGCAGGACACUGACGAGUCUUUACAGUUUUCAUCAUUCAGACUUUGUUGUUUCUUUAUAGCCUGUUUGUUGUUAAUGUUGUUUGAAUCAUUUCUACAACCCAUUUCAAGUGUUAAUCAGUGAACUCUGCUUUUAAAAACUAUUUAUAGGCAAAAAAAAGCUUAGCAAACAGUUGUUGUACAUACAUGUCUUGGAUUUUUUUUUUUUUUUUACUCAUAUGUAGCCUAUAGUCUGUACAUUGAAAUGUAUGAACUGCAUACUGUUUACUUUCUAAUAAACUGUAACCUUUUUUAUCAAACUCUGCUGCCUCUGGAGAUAUUAAAGCUAAUUCAUCAUGUAAAAUGAUGUGAUGUGUGGGAAAUUUUAAUGAAGACAUACUCAUUAGUUCUCAUUUUUUAUAUCUAAAUGUAAUUGUUUGGACCAACUUAUCACACUUCAGUUUUUGUGCAGAAUAUAAGAAAAUCAUGCAUGUUCAAAAAAGACUAGCCAGGAAGCAUUUGUACUCAUUCAACUGGCUGAAAGACAAAUAAGUUCAUUUUCUAGCCAAUUUGAGUAAUAAAAUAAAAUUUGACAGAAAAAACUUUGAAAAUCUUUGAGCAAUGAGUGAUACAAGAUAGUGUCUUAAAUUAUGAGUUAAGAGUAAUUUCUACGUCAAAUCUUUCAAAAAUUUUGAAUUUUGUGAGGAAAUUCUUCGUCACAGUAUUUGUUUCAAUAAUGGCUGCCUUAUUUUUUACAAUAAUUUUAUUUUAAUCAUUUAUUUUUUGUUGUGCAAUUAUUACGAUCUAAUUUUU